CAUACUCAAGAGUUGGGAGUGUGGGAGUCCUGGCUGGGCGACGGGGAGGAAUGAAGCGUUGAGGCGGCGCAUCACAGCUCUCCUGCUCUCAGUAUGAGAAGUUUGUAAACGGCUCCGAAAAAAUCGACGACACUCUCGGCAAACUAGAUGGAGGAACCAGAAGGUACAGAUAAGUGUUACUGUGCGGGCUGUGGAGAAACAAUUCAAGACUCGUUUCACAUGAAAGUCCUCCAGGAUAUCUGGCACAACGCCUGCUUUCAGUGUUCCGUGUGCUGCGACCACCUGACUAACUGGUACUAUGAAAAGGAUGGCAAGCUGUACUGUCGCAAACACUACUGGGAGAAGUUUGGAGAGCUCUGUCAUGGCUGCUCUCUGCUCAUGACUGGACCUGCCAUGGUGGCUGGAGAACACAAGUAUCACCCUGAGUGCUUUGUGUGUCUGAGGUGCAAGGUGGUGAUUGAGGACAGGGAUACCUAUGCCUUAGUGGAGCGAUCAAAACUCUACUGUGGAAAGUGCUACAAGCAGGUGGUCCUUACACCCAUGUUGGAAAAGCGUUCACACGACUCGGUGCUGGACUCCCUGCCCCACACGGUGACCCUAAUCUCGAUGCCCUCUGCAGCCAACGGCAAGAGGGGCUUCUCCGUCUCAGUGCUGCGGGACGUCAAUGGCUCAGCGAGUGUUCAAGUCAAAGAGGUCAGGGGGAUGCUUAUUAGUCCAGAGGUGCGAAAUGCCAUCCACGUUGGAGACAGGAUUCUGGAGAUCAAUGGCCUUCCAGUGGGGACAUUGAUGGAGGAGGAGGUGGAUGAUCUUAUCCACCGCACCAGUCACACGCUGCAGUUGCUUAUAGAGUAUGACCCGGUCAGGCAGCGUUUGGAUCGGCUCAGACUGGGAUCACCCAGGAACCAGCUGGGAGUCCCGGCCACAUCCCGCAUGCGUCUGUCCUCACCUUCUGAUGCAGUCCUGGAGAGAACAGAUGUGGUUGAUGACGGCACACUGAAAAGGAGGUCUUUGAGGCGGAGUAACAGCAUAUGUAAGUCACCCGGGCCAAAUUCUCCCAAAGAGUUGCCCUUUAUUACACGAGACAUUGGGCGCUCUGAAUCCUUGAGAUCCUCCAGUAGCUGUUCUCAUCGCAUCUUCCGGCCAUGUGACCUCAUCCACGGAGAGAUCUUAGGAAAAGGUUUCUUCGGACAGGCCAUCAAGGUGACUCACAAAGCCACAGGGGAGGUGAUGGUGAUGAAGGAGCUGAUCCGUUGUGAUGAAGAGACCCAGAAAACUUUCCUAAAGGAGGUCAAAGUAAUGCGAAGCCUUGAUCAUCCCCAUGUUUUGAAGUUCAUCGGUGUGCUUUAUAAGGACAAGAGGCUCAAUUUGAUAACUGAGUUUAUCGAGGGAGGCACCCUGAAGGAUUUCAUCAGAGACACGGAUCCAUUUCAAUGGGAGCAAAGAGUGAGCUUUGCGAAGAGCGUCGCUUCUGGCAUGGCCUACCUUCACUCAAUGAGCAUCAUACACAGAGACCUCAACUCUCACAAUUGCCUGGUAAAACUGGACAACACUGUGGUCGUUGCUGACUUUGGACUCUCCCGACUCAUAGUGGAGGAGAAAGUAAAGCCUCCACCUGAAAAACCUUCCACUAAGAAGAGGGUUUUCAGGCGUAUUGACCGAAAGAAGCGGUACACUGUUGUGGGAAACCCUUACUGGAUGGCACCAGAGAUGCUAAAUGGUAAACGCUAUGAUGAGAAGGUGGACAUUUUCUCCUUUGGAAUUGUACUUUGUGAGAUCAUUGGAAAAGUCUAUGCAGACCCCGAGUGCCUCCCCAGGACGCUGGACUUUGGCCUGAAUGUUGGCAAGUUUGUGGAGAAGUUCCUCCCUGAAGACACUCCACCAGCUUUCUUUCCACUGGCUGUGGCCUGCUGUGACCUCGCACCAGACAACCGUCCACCUUUCCAGAAGCUGGAGGACUGGUUUGAAGCUCUGUCCCUCAACCAGGAGCUGGGGAUCCCCCUGCCAGCCGAACUGGAUGAACUGCAUCAGAGUCUGAGUCAACUCCACUGGCCUAAAGACGGCUCUCCAGCGCACAGCACAGAUCAGCCAUCAACCCCAACAGCAGCCUCUCCAGACUCCUCCAGCAUGAAAGACAAUGGCACCUAGGACAUGCACCUCCCUUAUUUGACCCCUCUGAGUUGCUGCACUAAUACUGUGGAUGUGAAAAAGAGGAAAAGUGCAUUGAACCCGAGCCAUACUAGAACUGGAUAACCUGAGGUAGCUGGACCAAUCUUCUCCCUGUGUGGGACCUUAACUUUGAGAGUUAGCAAGUGAGUGGAAAGAAGCAUUUCAAAAGGACAAGUGUUAGUUACUAAUUCUUUUUUUUUUUCUUUUUUUCACAUUACUCAACCCCCACUCAACACACAGGGUUGUACUAAUGUUUACUGUGUAUAAAGACGAAAUGCAACUUUUUACAAUCCUGUCUCUGACGGAGCACGUGCAUCUUUAUAAGGUGGAAGACCGCGAUGAGUCUUGCUGAGUGACAGCAGCUUUGUUUUUUCUAGCUCUGAAGUUGUUGCUUGCCAUGUGUGGAAUGCACAGAUGAAUCCUUGCCCAGAGGAGGACUCACUUCACCGCAGGAGCAAAGAAAACAGAGAGGCUUGACAGUUAAGCUGAUUGACAUGUCUAAGUAAACAGAGGGCUGGGCUUGAAGAAAAUAGGAGUGAAUUAAGGCAGCAGUGGAAACAAAACAAACACUGGCCCCAAAUAGUUUCAUCACUCUGAGAUUUGGCACAAGAUGGCAAAGCAGUGUGGUUUUUUUUGUUUUUGUUUUUUUGUCUGGGCACCACUGAUCUAAUUUUUGACGAGAUGGUUACAAGUAUGUCUCUGUACUUUGUAGUCUAAUGAUUUUAAUUCAUUUCUUAGAAUGAUGAAUGAACUCUAUUUAGAUUUUGACAUUUUGACAUUUUGUUCAAAGUUUUAUCAAACUCCUGAUGCCUAUUUAAAAAGACACAGGCCAGAAGCUCUUCUGGAAAAGAAGAGCUGUUAUUAAUAAUUGUCAGACAUAACCAUGCAAGAGUUGACCAUAAAUAGUUGCCUUGUACAAAAAAACUGGGUUUUUUUUCUUAAGCAAUGUAUAUAGAUAUGUACAUAUUAAGCCUCUAAUUGGACGUCAUUUUUCUAAUGGGAACUCUAGAUUUGUAGAUUUUUAGACAUUUCGUUAACGAUGGAUGGACGUUUUUGCCUUUUUUGCUAUCAUCAUGCAAGGUACUGACGACCAGUUGUAACCACUAUUAUUUAUAUCACUUUAGUGUUUCAUAAAUAAACCUUCAGAAAGUUGCCUUUUUAUUUUCAUUCUUCAAUUUUGCAUGUCAGGAAAACCGCUAGUUUCAGAUCAUCUGUUACAGUUCAGAGCCAAAGUUAAAUAAUUUGUAGAUCUGUGUUAACCUGAAAACACACUCUAGGGCAUCGGUCAUCAGACAUGAAAGGAAGAUGAAAUCAGUUCACAGCAAAAAAUGACAUACUAAAAUCAUCAUAUUUACAGGGAAUUCAUUCAUUAAUGACUCAAUUCCAAUUUUGACAAAUGAUUAAUAGAUGAAUACUUGCAUUUUCGACUAUUGGUUAGCCUAGAUGAUAAAUAGGUGACAAAAUAUUAAAUUGUUUGAUAAUCAUUACUUGAAGCCUUAAUUGAUUCUCAUUGACUGUAAUUUAUAUCUCUACUUUUAGCCCCUUGGAAUAAAGCUGUGGAUCACCAACAAAUGGUAAAUAUUGUCAAUUUAGGUCUUCAGCUUCAAAGUUACUCUCAUAUCCAAUUCAAAAUAGAAAGAAAGAAAUCAAGUGUGUCACCAUCAAAGUCACUGAAUAGAAUCCAGAGAUCUAAACUCUUUUGCAACAGGUUUUUUUUUUUCUUUAGUUAGUUUAUGUCUUCAGAAGCCUCUUCAAAUCUAUUUGUCCCACUCGUUCCUCUUACUGUAAUAUCUUAACUUGCUAUCUCAGGUGACUCCAAUGACUAAAGUAAUGUGUUUAAGAAUUGCCAACAGAGGGAGCUGGUGCAAAAAAAAAAAAAAAAAACCCACUGAACAACCCUUGAAUAACAAGAGAUUUGUAACAGUCCAAGCAUUCCUGCUGUGUAAUGUUGUCACUCCACAUCUAUGAUUUUAAAUAUACAGACCACUUCACACCAUAAUGUCUUUGUUUGAUGUUUUAUUUCAGUCUCAGCAGUGAAAAUCUGCAUUCAUACAAAUACGAGUACUACAAUCGAAUGCUGAACAACAGUAUUGUGAACACAUUGCUUAUAUGAAGGAGAAAAUAAUCACAGUCAGCACACAGACACUUAAAAUAAUGGAGAGGCAGUAACCAAAAAUGAUCAGUGAUGUGAAUCCAGCAAUAAUCACAAAACAAGAUCAUCAGGAGUGUUGGAUUGAUAAGCAGACUGGCAAUACACUGGGAAGUAACGGUGCAUCAUGUGCUUCAACAAACUAAAAUCGUCUGUGUACAAUGAUUUCUGUCUUCAGGCAGGUAUUUUCCAAAUGUCCUCUUCAAUAAGUAGAUCUACAUUUUAAGAUGCAAAAAGUGCCCCCUGAAUACAAACAUACAGCAGGUAAAUGCAUUCACGUUUUUAAAUGAGCAACACCAAACUUUGGACUGUUUCUAUUCUACUCCAUUCCUGUCUCUACCCUGAAGCAUCAAGUGCAUAACUCAAAUGUCCGAAUAUAAUCUAGGCACCAGGCUUCUUCAGCACUUCCAACACACACAUGCACACACACACACACACACACUGUCCUGCUCUGCAAAGACAAGAUUUCAGGAUUUUUCUUUUUCGGAUCCCAUCUGUUCUGUGUUGUGGCAGUGCUAUUGUGUCCUGAGGACUAACUACUGUCUCUCAUGUUUCCUGAGAGCACUCUGUGCAUUUCCUGUCACUCCUUAACCUGUGAAAGAAAAAGGGCAAGUCCUCUUUCAUGUCUGCCAAAGGCCGCUGUCAUGUUUUUGUAACCACACUGCCCUGUCAGUCAAGUACAAAGAGGAAAAAAAAAAUAAUGCAGGAAAAGAUAAACAAAUACAUUCAUAAGUAUCAUGCUAAGGCAAUUUCUGAGUUGGCCUUCCCUUGUCUUUAGUGGGUCUGUUUUACCUCAUGUUCCCUCAUCCUCAGUCAUCCUUCUCAUCUCAGAGGAGGAUGACUAUUUUUGGACGCUCAUAUCUGUGUCCCCAGUGUGUCUCCAACACAAACCAGUCUUGACACAUUUUUUUCUCCACCUCUUCUUCGGCACAGCCAGUGGGUCAAUAUAAAUGGAAAUCAACCACACCAUGUAACUGCAUCUCAUGUUGAGAGUACCUUCUCCAUAUGGGGGGAAAAAAAAAAAAAAAAAAAAAAGUUUAUGAACAACACCCCCCAAAACUCCAUCUCUUAACAAAGAAUUGUUUCAUCACACACCAUCAUAAACAUUUACUUGUCAAUGUCCAUUUGAAUACAUAUUAUACUAGAUAUUCAUGAGCUAGCACAUGACCUUAUUUUC